AUGGCGGACUUGAUGACCUACCCUCCGCUCACUUCGGAUUCAAUCAAGGCUGCAUAUCCUUUGAUCAGCCCAUACAUCCACAAAACUCCGGUAUUGAGAUCAAAAACCCUCGAUCGCAUCGCCUCUACAGCCCAGGAGGAAUCUGCACUCAAGGGCAUUGCUUUUGAAGGUCAGAAGCCUGCGACGCCGCUUUUCCGACUUUAUUUCAAAUGUGAAAACUUCCAGAAAAUCGGAGCUUUCAAAGCGAGGGGCGCAUUUCAUGCCCUGUUGAGACUCUGCUCUGAAUUGGGGAUUGAUGAGGUACGCAAGCGCGGCGUGACAACUCAUAGUUCUGGCAAUCAUGCUCAGGCUCUUGCGCUUGCGGCAUUCACCUUGAAAAUUCCUGCCCAUAUCGUGAUGCCGUCGAUCUCCACCAAAUCCAAAAUAGCGGGAACUCGUGUUUACAACGCUCGUGUUCUUUUCAGCGGAUCAACUGAGCCAGAACGCGUGGCUAUGGUUGAAAGAGUCAUCAAGGAGACGGGUGCUAUUCUCGUUCAUCCUUACGACCACCCUGAUAUCAUUCUGGGACAAGGUACGGUGGGGCUCGAGCUUGAAAAGCAAGUGGAAGAUUUACUGAAAGAUUUCGGUAAUGAAACCUAUUCCAAAGGUGAUGCGCCGCUGAAUGCUGUUAUCACACCUCUGGGUGGAGGAGGUUUGCUUGCAGGAACCGCCACUUAUUUCUCGAACACUCCUUCCACUUACGUUUUCGGAGCCGAGCCGUCAUUUGAGGGCGGCGAUGAUGGUCGACGGGGUCUCGCUUGUGGAUCUCGGAUUUCUACAGUCAGUACCCUGACGAUCGCGGAUGGUCUUCGAACACCCGUUGGAGAGGUCAACUGGGCCGUUAUCUCUGAUCAGAAGAAAGUUAGGGGGAUUUUCUCUGUAACCGAAGAACAGAUCAAAGAGGCAAUGACGCUAAUCCUGGAAAGGCUAAAGGUCUUCAUCGAGCCAAGUGCUGCGGUGCCUCUUGCAGUCAUCCUGUUUAAUGAGGAGUUUCGGCAAAUUGCAGAAAAAGAAGGCGGAGAGAAGGGAUGGGAUGUUGGUGUGGUUCUGUCAGGAGGUAAUACUACGGUAGAAGCAAUCUGUCGUCUUUAUGGGGAGAAGUAG